AACAUACUUAUGUCAAUGUCGUUUUGCUGUCUAGUAUUGUCUUUUAAUUUAAUUAAAUCAUCUAAUAAAUAUUUUGCAAAAAUGAAUGGUAUUUUAACAAAACUUGCCAAAAGUGAGAGAGCUACAGUCCUACUGCGAAAGUUUCAUAACUAUGUUCCUCUCUUGACUAAGAAUGUGCAAGUUAAAAAUCCCUUUCAAAUUGAGCCAAUAGAAGCUGAAAAUCAUACUCUUCGGGUGCACGAUAACACACAACGCCAACGACUUUAUGAGUUUGGAAUGUAUGUUGGGCUUUGCUUACCCAAAUUUGUACAGAAAGUUCAGAUGCAGCAUACUGAUGAGCUGGAGAUUCUUGUGGUACCAGAAGGCUUGAACCAGGUACUGAGCUUCAUGAAACUACACCAACACGCUUGUUUUUACCAAUGUUCGUCAGCAACAGCUAUAGACGUGCCCAGCAGAGUAUUCAGGUUCGAAGUAUGCUACAACAUUUUGAGCUUCAGAUUUGGCGAACGAGCCCGAGUCAAGACCUAUACUGAUGAGCUGACCCCACUUCACUCCGCUUACAACGUAUGGAAAUCUUGUCAAUGGUACGAAAGAGAAAUAUACGAUAUGUUUGGUAUUGUAUACACGCAUCACCCAGAUUUGAGGAGGAUCCUUACAGAUUACGGAUUCCAAGGCCACCCGUUGAGGAAGGACUUCCCUUUGGUGGGAUACAUCGAAGUACGUUACGAUGACGAGCUGAAGAAGCUCGUUUAUGAACCUAUGGAAUACCCUCAAGAGGCGCGCGAGUAUGAAUUACAAACUCCAUGGCACUAUCUGACUAAUUUCCAUGACGGGUACAAUGCCCCGAAGAAGGAUGAUAAGAAAAAGUAACUGCAUAUAGAAGAAUUCGUCUAUUAUUGCAUUCAAAUACAUAAAAUUACAAAGA